GAGUUUCUGAGACCUUGUCACUGCAGCCGAUCUUCUAACUAGUCUCCUCACUCCCUCACUCUGAUUUUACAAACAGAGGUGAUCAUGCUUUUGAGGUUGUGGUGCCCAAACUGUGGAGCAGCCUUCCUCAGCCAAUCAGGUCUGCAGAUUUUGAGAUUUGUUUGAAACAGCUGCUGAAAAUGACUUUUUCUAGGUUAACGUUCAUGUAAUCUUUCUCUCUUAUUUUCAGCCAUAGUUUUUGACUGUUUGCAUGUGUGUUGGAAUGAAUGUCUGACUGUAUGGUCUAUUAUGCGUCUGUAUGUUUGAACCACUGAUGGUGAUGGUGGCUGUAGCUCAGAGGUCGAGCCGGCCAUCUACUAAUCAGAAGGUGAGUGGUUCAAACUCUGUUCUAGUCUGCUUGGGCAAAAUACUAACUCCAAGUUGGAAUUUUCCCAAAGAUGUUUCCUGCCAUUAUUAGUAGUUCAUAUCAAACUGAUUUGUGUUCAGGGGGGUCUCCUUUCUCAUAAAUUUGAUUUUAUUUGUUGCUGUAAAAUUUAGGUGCAACAUCAUCAUGAUAUCAAGACUUUGACUGGCAGCUGCAGUCGCAGAGAAACUUGCGUAUAUUUGUUGGGAGCAGCAGAUAAAGCAGGGACACUGAGAGGAGGUCCAGCUUUGACAAAAAGUCAAAGGGAUUUAUCAUCCGUGUAACUGGUGUCAGUAUACGGGAGCAUAAAAUACUUCAGUGUCAUUCAUAUCAGAGUCAUCAGAGAGAGUAAUGUGCAUAUUUUAUAUGUAUGUAACUUUGUACAGGACUGAAUAUAACAUUUUUAAAAGUUGAGAGCCUCUUUGCAUUAUAUGAGGAUGAUGUGAGUAUUUCUAACAUAACCAAAGGUCAGUAUCACACUGUUCAUGAGGUGCUGGGUUUGUCCAUGUUAUGGGGUGAGCCUAUGGUUGAGGUCUGAAGUUGCUGAUGAAGAUUAUGAGCCCUCCUUGAUCCUUGCGGUGAGCUUCAGUCUUCCAGAAGUUUCUCAAAUGAUGUCUGUCAGUGAGUCAACACAACAUCUGGUGCAGGACAGCUGUGAUGAAGGAAAGGGUGGCCAUUUCUCCAAACCUUGGUGCUGAUGGUCUCCCUCAUUAGUUUUCCACCAGGAUAAUUGUUAAUAAUAAUGUGGACUCUGGAUCCUGUUAUUAAAUUAAUAGAACAAAUUACACUUGUAUGAAACCUCCUGCUGCUGUGUUUUCAAUCUAACAUUAAGUUUCCAUGUUACCGGGCUGUAGAGUGCUCUGUGAGUGUAACGGAUCUUAAACUCUUCAGUUUUAUAUCAUCGUCCGGCUCGCGUCUCAAAUCUCAACAUUUAAUUUCCAGAUAAUUCUGAUAUUAACAGUAACCUCUGUCUAAAAUACGACAACAAAAACUAAGGAGUGCCCAAUUAUCCAAACAUAUAGACAUGCUAAUGGCUGAUCUAGCUAAAGAAUUAACAACAGGAACUACAGAGUGAUAUUAGACGUUGUAGAACUAUAACAAAUUAAGAUGUGUGUCUGUCAGUCGUGGAAACCCCACUCAGCAGAUGUCCUCAAAACUGGAGCAGCCAAGCUACGCAAAAAGUGUAGAGGGGGCGUAUUCGCGUGCAAGUCCAGCGGGCGUGUGGGCGGGGUUUGACGCAACUCCACCUCAAGUCGAUACUGCGCAGACUCUGGCUCCUAAAGUGGAACAUGGCAGCCCCCACAAACUUUUCUACAGUUAUUGGUUCACACAUGUAUACUUAUCUUUAGUGUGUGGCUUAUUUAUUAGUUAUUAUUAUUAAUAACAAAUAGUUAUUAUUACUAAAACAAUAGCCAACUGGUACGUUUCUUUUUUCCUAACAUUUCUAAAUAAAUGAAAUCAAGAUGCUGUUAGAGGGCAUGUCAUACAGAAACUUUGUAACCCUGAGCUAGGUGGAACCCUACGUGACCACAUAAUAAUAAAGUAUUCUGAUGCUGAUGAUGUGAGAUGACUGGAUAUGUACACGGGUGACUGUUUGGUAGAAGAAUAAUGAGGUCAUGUGCAGUUCAGGUUGUACAGUUGAAACAGAAAGUUCAGUAUCUUUUGGUCUGGCUAAGAGCCUGUCUGUAAUUCCUUUAUUCCAGGUAUCAUUUAACUGAAAACCAGUGUUUGAAGUAGAUCACAGCUGUUCAUAUGUGCACCACUGUCAUCUAUGCAAUAUGCCCUGUGUCCUGAUCUGCUAGUAAGUACUGUAGGCUUAUAAUAAUGUCACUACAUGAUUGUUUUAACUAUCAUGCUAAAGCACUAUGUAUUUUACUGUGUUAUCGUAUUCAUUAACAUUAAUCUGUUAGGGUGUGUUACCCACAUUUGCUGAGUUUUACUGAGGCAGCUUUUUUUUCUCCUAUGGAAAUGUACAUGUUCAUUAAACCAGUAAUAUUCAGUGACACACACACACUCACACAAACCUGGAAAACGUUACUGUUUUAAAUUUUUCUAAGGAAGCUCUCCCUAUGGCAGUGCCAUCCUCACCAGUCUAAUAUUUAUCUCUUUUUUUGACUGUGUCAUUCCUGCUUCGUCUUCUCUUUGUCUCUAUGGCACCGCCAAGUGCUGAGAAAGAGAAGGGUAUCUCCGACUGUAAAGUGCUCUUCCAUUCCUUGCUUAAAGCACCCUGCAGUAGCAGCAUGGUAAUUCUGCUCCUCUAUCUUUCCUCUGCAUCAUGUUUACCUAGCAACAAGCAUCACCCGCGGCUGGCCAUCCCAUUGGUCAUUUGAAAACGCACCGGGGACCAAUAGCAGGGCUGUUGCCAUGGUACAGUGUAUAGUUGCCGGGUGGAAUUUUGCUGCAAGGCACGUGAGACUCAAAGUCUGCUUGCCUCCAUGCACUGCUGCUGUAAUCUCCGCUGUCUGGUCGUUAGUACAGCUGAACGUGAUUUAGUGGAAGACAGUAAGUCCAUGAAGGGAAAUACUAAAGUUUAUUCACAUAUUUGGAAAUAUAGACACAGCAGUAGAGAAAUAAAACACACACACAAAAAGAACAGUUCAGCAGGAAAUGGACGCACAUAAUUAUAGUGUACUUGAGCUGGAUGUUAGUUUUAGAAUUAAUUAUUUUACAUCAAAGUCAAAAUCAAAAAUACUACGAGAGAAAAUCUAUAUUAAAGCCAAUUGUACCGGGUUACUACAGGUCAGGAUACAUUUUAAACUGCUAUUCAUCAAGUACCGAUUAAAAUCAAGCACAAAAAAUGUGAAAAAGCAAGACUCUGAGAAAAUACCAUCUAUGAUCAAAACUCCUUGUACAAAGGAACUUAAAUGAAACUAGUGCUUAAUAUACACCAGUAUCCAUGUAGUAAUGAAGUCCUGAGUGUACAGUACUGUGCAAAAGUCAUGAGCCACUCCACGUUUCUUUAUAUUUUGUUAGGAAAACGGGAAAUAAUGCUGCACUUACAUGGAGAUAUAGUAUGUACAUACAGUUCUAACUAGCUUGAGCGUCAAUAUUUGGUAUGACCAGGUUCACUCUUCAACACAACCUCUCUUUACUUCCUCUCACUGCUCUCUUCAGCAGCUUCCUGUAACUUCUUUAAAUAGUUUUUGGGAAUAGUUCCCGGGCGUCUUGAAGGACAUUCAAAUCUCUUUGGGUGUUUCUGUAUUUGCUCUGUUGUUUGUCAAGAAGAGCCCACACUGCUUCAGUAUUUCAUUGUAUGUUUCCAAUUUCAUUGUAUGCUCAUGCUUACAAUGGCAGUAAAGCUCAUCUUAGCGUAUCUUAUCUUAUCCUGUUUUAAUGAUGAGGUCUGAGGGAACCCAAUCCACGACUGAUAGUGUUUCAUUGUGAUGUUUUCUAUCCAACUAUGCUUUUACUGCAAUGGCAGUGUGUUUUGGAUCAUUGUCAUGCUGAAAAACCAAACCAUUUCCCGACUGAAUCCGAAUGCUUUUCUACAUUUAUACUUCCAUCAAUUUUGACAGGAUCUCUAAAACCACUGAGUGACAUGCACCCUAAACCAUGACAGAGCUCACAUUUGGACCUUUCCCUUGACCUCCUCAUACAUACUGAUCUCAAGUUGAACUGAUUAUUACAUUUGGAUUCACCACUCCGUCAGACCUGUUCCCCUGAUUUUUCAGUCCAGUUCUUGUGUAAUUUGGCAUACCUCAGUCUUUUCUUCCCAUUUUUCUUCCUUAAAAAUGGUUUCUUGACAGCAGCCCUUCUACUGAGACCAUUCCUGAUGAGGCUUCAGUGGAUAGUAGAUGCAUCUCGCAGUCAAGGUUCAUGUCUGUACUGGACUCCUUCCCUUGUCCACCUUCAGUUUUUUAAGGACACUGCAAACACUCUCUUAAGAUAUGAUAGUUUUCAGCUAAUAGCUUUUUGGGAAUCACAUUGCUACUUCAAAAAUACCAUUUAAUGCCUAUAUUUGCAUUUUUUAAAUUGAGUCAACUAAAAGAAUGAGAACAAAUGAUGAGUUUUUUGCAAAAGGCUGCUAUUAUAAAAUUGCCUAAAGAGAACUAUUAAAACUGGUUAUUUGCUGAACUGUCUGUUAUGUGUAGAUUAGUAAAUGCCUAAAAGUUAAGUACUUUUUUAUGUUUCAUGGGCCAGAUAUCAAGAUGCAGUGUUGAAAGUGGUCAGGUACAAGUGUUGGACUAAAAACAAGUGAAAAAGAAGCCAAUGUCCAAAUAAAAACUCUGAAAGACCAUCAGAAAGUAGAAGAAGUUUUGCUUAAGACCACUGUAAAAAAAAUAACAAGUAACUCUGGCUCCUUGGACGAUAAAUAUAAAGAAAUGUGAGUCAAGACUUGUUGUAUAUAAAUGUCAUAGUUUAGAUAUUUGUAUUAAAUGUUUUUGUUUUGAUAGUUUUGAAGGGUGGCGGACUGCAUCGUGAGAGUAGAAAUGUUAUAAGCUCUGGGUUGUGCAAUUCAUUCUCCCAAAGGGCCACAUAAAAACCCAGGUCUGUUGUGGAGUACCAAUAAGAUAAACUUGUUUAUAAUCAGUAUUAAUUUUUAUCACCUACUGGUAAGAGUAGAUGUUACAAUUAAAUUGUCAUUAGUUGCUUCGCACAUCGCCGUUAACAUCAUCACUGAAUAAUGGGCGUCGCCUCUCAGACAGUAACUCCCAUCAGCAGUGCUACAGCAGGAGAAACACCUAAAACUGGAAGCAAGGAAACUGUUUACAGCUUGUUUUGUUUUUUUCCAAAAAAUCUCAGAUUUUCAGACUGUUGCAGCAUAUCUUUCUGUAUAAUCUGUGAAUCUCUGAUCUUUGCAUUGAUUAUACAGUUGCGUGUUCAAAUCAGUGGUAGCAGCACAGCAUGACGGGUUACAAGCAUUAAGAGGUGCAUGACCUGCAAAGUGCUGCUAGUGACAGCAGAUGUAACAUCAGUUUGACGUCAACUUUGUCAUAGUGCUGUUUGUCCUUGGCCAAUGAAAAUGUGAAAUCAGCACAGCAAAAACCAACAUAUAAUCAGUUUUCCUAAAAUCAAUUAUGAACAAAAUGUGCAUGUGACUUUUAACUUUAUAUAAAGUGUUACUGCUAUUUUAAUUGUAAUUCAGUUGCUUCAUCUCUCAUUUUGUUCAGUUCUUUCUCCUUAUCCCCUGAGAGACAUCUCUGAUUUGGGCUUGAACUAGUUCAUUAAAGUCAGGUUCAGGGUCUGAGCAAAUGCACCAUCGCCCUUCCACUCUGCAUCUGGGAGAUCUGGGAUGUCCUUGCCUUACUUCUCACAAAACUCUUGUAUCACUUUGGCUGAGCCACCAGAUGUGUGGUAGCCUAUGUCACCAGAUGCUCAAUAAACUGUCUAUGAUCAUUGCUCUUGCCUAAUGAAGUUAACUAUUUUGAUUUUAACAUCAACACUAUGCUAUACAACAUCUGCUGGUGUAUGAUAAAUGCAAAAAUACCUGUUUUCAGUUCUGGCUUCAUUUUCUUGCACCUGCUUCAAACGUGUUUUGUUUCUAUCAGAUUUGGACAGCCAUCGUUGUAACACCUGCCAGUUUGAUCCAUUUCAGCCCCAGCCUAUCCGUAAUAUCAAACACUUUUGUAAUCCCACAUACAAAAAUGAGAAACUGGGCUGUGUCUAAAAUCUGAAAGUUCUCGUCCAGUGUCAAGGAGAAAGUCAAAACUGAAGAUUUCCCACCUUCUCUGUCCACUUUGUUAUGGUUCAGCUGAAGAGGGGCACGUUGUCUAAUGCUCAGGGUUUAUUUAGCAGUCUUUGAGUCACACAGUCUUUGAUAAACUCCUCAUCAGGAGGUUUUUUUGUUUGUUUGUUUGUUUUUACUUUUAUGGAAAUUAUAAUACACCUUUGUUGCUUUCAUUUUGAAGGUCACAUAUAAGCAGAAACCAUUUUCUGAUGAGGAGUUUUUCAAAGAGUGUUGAAUGUCCAGGUCUGCACUGUGGUAGGACGGUGAAAAGCUGUCUUUUUAAUUGUUAUGGAUACAUCUGGCUGUAAGGUAUAAACCUUCCUUACUCAUCGGUCUUUAUUAUAAAUCCUGAUCUGCCUCUUUUAUUCACUGUUGGUUUUACAGCUUAGUUUGGGGCUUUUCUUAUUUUUAUUUCCAGCUUUAGAUCCAGUGAGAUUUCUGGCAUUUGCACCCAAAUAUCAGCUUAAUCAUUGUUCAGGAGAAAUUUGCUUUAGGUUAGAUCAUAUUUACUAAAACCAUCAUACCCGCCAAACCACUGUCUUCCUGUAGAACUUUGGGGGCCUGCACUUUUCCCUUUGUAGCAUGCUUUACAUUGCACUGGUUCCUACACAGGCCCAGUCAACCUUAGCUGGGCAUGAGUCAUUUUUGAAGUAGAGCACCUGUAGCAAUAAAUCUUCAUGUAAUACCCUGUUGCCACUGUCUUGCAUUUGUCUGUUAUGCCUUUUAUUUUCAUUGAUUUUUUUUUAAAAUGCAAAUUUGAUUAUUUAGCCAGGCUGUCUUAAUUUAACUGUGAUUGGUCUGCUGUUUUUCAUCAUGUGAUUGUGAGGGAAAUUGGACCCCAAGUGUUUUGGAGAUGGCUGCAGUCAGAGGAACAUUGCAAAGGCAUAAAUUGGAGACUUUCUGAUACAUUUGGUGUGAAAUUUAGCUUGGUGUUCAAAACUAGAGUAUCUGUCUGUUGUUGUAGCAUGCCCUUCAUAGGACUAUAUUAACAGCAUUUGCCCAUAAAUGAAUUACAUACUGGAGCUAAUAAGCUGUGUCAUCUCAAAAUAACAGAAAUAUAACACCAAUACAACAAUCAGGAUGCAAAGUCCAACAGUAACCAGUAGACGUGACAGAAGAUUCUGCCCUUUUCAAAGGGCACUACAUUUAGAAUGAUGAAGCACUGGGAGGUGAUUACACAAAGCUAUUGUGGACUAGUUAGGCUGUUACUUUUUUAAAACCAUAUAUAUGACUUCAUUCAACACCAGUUCGAGAGUCAGCCUGUAUUUAAAACAAAUCCUAAAAACUGAUGAGCACUGACACAUUUGUUGAGGCAGCUGAGUUUGAGGGUGAUUUUAAAGCAAGGAGCUAUCAGCUGGUUUCUAACACUGUGCUGUUCCCAGGCAGCAUUGUGCUUGAUUUAGCCAGAAUGCUCGGAUAGCAACAGGAACAACUUUUAGCUUUGGCUGGUUUGUAAAGACAAGUCAAACCUCUCAGCUGUAAAGUCACUCAGUGACCAUGUGCUUAUUGGAACCUUUUGCCCCUUUCUCUCCCCCGCUGUAUUUCCACCCCCACCAUUUCGGUCUGCCUGUCCUUCUUUCCAUUUCUACCUGACAUCUUCAAACUAUUUCCGCGUCACCACUGCCUCGCACCGCGCCGUUAGAGGAGACCCAGGGAAACUAAGCCGACCGCCCCGCCCACAGAGCCGUUGCUACCCAAUUACAGCAGGGGAUGGGACUUUAUGUAGCCAAUUGCGUUGCAGCUGCCAUGGCGUCGGGUAGCAACAGAGAGUGUGCGUGCAGAGUGAGGGUAGAGGCUACGACUGCCAGAGUACAGAGAAGUUAGAACAUUUUGAAAGCCAGAACAAAAAGAGCCUUUGUGUGUUACACGGUAGCAACAUAAACGUGGCAUUUGGUUCAUUUCUGACAACCGAAUAACGCAUUAAUUAAACUGUCAUUUACUCGUUUUUACGGUCUCACAGGCUGCUGUCCACCGAGAACAAACUAAGGUUGAUGUAGUUUGAAGUGAAACAGAGCAGUAGAGAUGAUCUGUUUCACUCAUUUUAACACUGUUAACACGGACUAAUGUUAUGUAAAACAGUCGUCCGUCAAAGCUGUCCCGUGUAUACAAUGUUCAAUCGUUUUUCGAUUUUCAGCGAACGUUGUCCAUGUAUGCCUGUGUAUAAACUUCCAGUAUAUAUAUCCCGCUGUUACUAUAAAUGGACAGGACGGGAGAGGUUUGCUUGGAGCAGACUACUGCUGUCAGAGGGAAGGCAGCUGUACCGCUAACUCACUUGAUUUGUUGAUGCUGUUUCGUAUAGUUAUUUGAAAUACUUUUGGUAGUUGAUAUGACAGUCUGUGUGGAACGUCCACAAUGCCACGUGUUUAACCUGUGUUCGCAGCUCUGCUGGUAUUAAUAGUACUCGGUGUAUCUGUGCCAGACACACCAGCCCCGGCCCCUGCCACCGGCACAUGGUACAGUCCCUAUCGCAGGGUGGGGGAGCGUGUGGGAGAGGCGCACAGAUUCUGUCUAACGGAGAAGGAAACGGGCGAAAAACAUGACUCACAAUCGCCCCGGAGAAGGUUUCCACCUUGAAGGAAUAAAACUAUUUUUCCCGUUCUGAGAAGGACGAGUAUACGAGGACAGUAAGCGCGAGAGAAGAAAGCGGAAGCAGACUGACGAGUGGGCCCGUCAAGAAGCGAAAGGCAGCAAGCUCAGGAACUCUGGAAUUGGUUUCUUUUGUUUACUCCGAGGCGACUCUGAAGUUUUGGCUUGUUGCAGUUCAGUCGUUGUUUGCGAUAUUACUAGCGAGUAAUUACCUCAGAGACUCGACCUCUUCCUGGACCGUGUUAUUGUGCCGGUGUUUCGGAGUGUAACGCGGCCCGUCGUCGGCUUUUGUCUAACGCGGGGAACAUUCGGCCCCAGCGCACAGACGCUGGAGCUAUACUGCCUCUCGAUAUUUCCUCCGCUUCUGAAUCGGAGCUGAAAGAGUUCCUCGGCUGAGGUGAAGUGUUCCCGUGCUGGUGGUUCGUCACUUUGCGCCAGCCGGCGGUCCCGUUGGCUCGUGAAUGCUCAAGUACAGUUAGAGUAACUUUGUGUGGAGCUACACACCUCUGAAGCAACAAGGCGCACUGGAUUGCGCAAAAAAGUGCUUCUUGUUAAGGCUGAGUGUAUACUAAUAUUGUUUGGCUAAUAAAAGGGCGCCUUUUUAGCCUGACAGAGGGCAGCCACCUCUUGCUGUAGGCUUUGAAGGGAAACGGCACAGGACUCCGUGGAGCUCAGGCUGAAUAUACUGUGUGACUUUCUCGGUGCAGGCUGUUUGUGUCACUGGAUUAGUCUGAGUGAUCACAUCACUCUGUGCUGUCCUACUCUGUCUGGCAACGAGUCCCCCAGAAAGCACCAGUAAUUGGGGCUAUUUUUAGUGUCAGGGAUGGGGUAAAAGCAGGCAGCUGGAAACCCAACUCCCCUCCAUCUCCUUCUCUUCCAUCCCAUCUAUCAUCCUACCUCGCUCGUCCACCUGGCAGUAUGCUUGGCGAGCCUGGUUAGCACAGGUUCCACUUACAGCUAGUUGAGGUGGCUUAUAAGUAGUCUGGAAAAACAGCAACAACUAGACAUACUCUGCUGCAUAAUAAUAAUAAUAAAAGAUGUGCUUGAACCAUACUGACCAUGUAGUCUAAGGAACCUGGCAAAACUAGCAGUCCUGUGCUCCACUAGUCAAAUCUUCAGCGGACACAAAGCCCGUUCUGGAUUGCUCCUGAAAUGGCUGAAGAACUAGCUACUUACUUUUGGUUUAUUCUGGCCAGGACUUACUGAACGUAUCAAAGAGACUCUAUGCCUUUAUCCCUGGGACGUUUGGCCUCAACGCGUGAUCGCAGUAGACACUAGAUUCGAUAAAACACUUGCUUUUGACUACCUGAAAGAUCAGUCACCAGCGACCUGGAGUGAUAUACGCCUCCAGCGCACAGAAAGAAUGCAUGAAACUGCCAAAACCAACCUAACGAAAAACUGACCUGACUAACCAAAUAUUCUUUCCCUUCCACUCCCAUGUCUGCAGAGAGACAGAAUAUAUAUCUAUAUGUACCAUGAGAGAUCUAUAUAUAGUGUAACACCACAAAAGACAGAAAUUACAUCCUUUAUAUUUUUACUUCCGAGAGACAAGCUGCCUGUACACCAUUUGGUUGCCUUAGAAACCACAGUCACAAAAGAUUUAAAAAACAUUUUUUUUAAAACAAGCCAGAGAAGACGGUGCCUUUUGAUUGGUUGGUUGGUUGGUUUCCCACCACGUCAAGAUUCCUUUUUUAGUUGGAUGUAAACUUUUGAAGCAAACUCUGGGAUUGAUGACAGUUACCUGACCCGCACGAGUUCUGCUCGUCUGUCACAGCGUUUUGAUUGACACUGUUUCCCUGCUGCGUUGGACAUUUCCAAGCAUUUCCAUGGUUGUCACGUCAUCAUCUGUGGAAGACCAGACUGUGCCCACUUGCAGGAUGGUCCAGUCGGAACCUUGGAUCGCCUCAGCCCUGCUCCGCAAGAACAAGAGUGUAAGCAGCUCAGGAUGUCCGCCCACCUCCUCCUCCUCCUCCUCCUCCUCCUCCUCCUCCUCCACUGCCCAGGGCUUCUCCCUCGCUGAGCCAGCCAUGACCAGCCAGCACUCACAUACACACCCCUCCUUCAGCUCCAUCCACUCCAUGGCCGAGCAGCAGCAGGUGCUGUCUGAUAUGACCAUACUCCAGCGGAGAAUUCCCCCUAGUUUCAGAGACCCUGCCAGCGCUCCAUUGAGAAAACUCUCUGUUGACCUCAUCAAAACUUAUAAGCACAUCAAUGAGGUGUACUAUACUAAGAAGAAGCGGCGCGCCCAGCAGGUCCCUCCUGAGGACAGCAGCACGAAGAAGGAGAGAAAAAUCUAUAACGAUGGCUAUGACGAUGACAAUUAUGACUACAUUGUGAAAAAUGGAGAAAAGUGGCUGGACCGCUAUGAGAUAGACUCACUGAUUGGGAAAGGCUCUUUCGGACAGGUGGUGAAGGCCUACGACCACCAUGAGCAGGAGUGGGUUGCCAUUAAGAUCAUUAAGAACAAAAAGGCUUUUUUGAACCAGGCACAGAUAGAACUACGCCUGCUGGAGCUCAUGAACAAGCACGACACUGAGAUGAAAUAUUACAUAGUCCACCUGAAGCGUCACUUUAUGUUUAGGAACCAUCUCUGUUUGGUGUUUGAGUUGUUGAGCUACAACCUGUACGAUCUGCUGAGGAACACCAAUUUCAGAGGAGUUUCCCUCAACCUCACCAGGAAAUUUGCACAGCAGCUCUGUACAGCACUAUUAUUCCUGGCCACUCCGGAGCUGUCAAUCAUCCACUGCGACCUGAAACCAGAGAACAUACUGCUGUGUAACCCCAAGAGAUCAGCCAUCAAAAUAGUUGAUUUUGGAUCCUCCUGCCAGCUUGGACAGAGAAUCUAUCAGUACAUCCAGAGCAGGUUUUACCGCUCUCCCGAGGUUCUGUUGGGAAUGCCGUAUGACCUGGCUAUCGACAUGUGGUCUCUGGGAUGCAUCCUAGUGGAGAUGCACACAGGGGAGCCUCUCUUCAGCGGCUCCAAUGAGGUUGACCAGAUGAAUAAAAUUGUGGAGGUUCUGGGAGUUCCACCCAGCCACAUGCUGGAUGCAGCUCCUAAAGCCAGGAAGUAUUUUGACAAGCUGUCAGAUGGUCUGUGGACGGUGAAGAAGAACAAGGAUGUCAAGAAGGAGUAUAAGCCCCCAGCCACACGGCGUCUACAUGAGAUUUUGGGUGUUGAGACUGGGGGUCCAGGGGGCCGGCGAGCAGGAGAGCCAGGACACGCCCCUUGUGACUACCUAAAGUUUAAAGACCUGAUCCUGCGCAUGCUGGACUACGACCCUAAAAGCCGCAUCACGCCAUUCUACGCCCUGCAGCACAAUUUCUUCAAGAAAACAACAGAUGAAGGAACCAAUACUAGUUCAUCUACAUCCACCUCUCCUGCCAUGGACCACUCUCAUUCUGCCUCCACUACUAGCUCUGUUUCUAGCUCUGGUGGCUCCAGUGGUUCUUCCAAUGACAACCGCAACUACCGCUACAGUAAUCGUUACUACAACUCUGCUGUUACACAUUCAGACUAUGAGAUGACCAGCCCUCAGGCUCCCUCACAGCAGCAGAUGAGAAUGUGGCCAGGCAGUGAUGGCGGAGGUGGGGGUCAGGAUCCAGGAUACACCCAGUUGCUGCUCCAUAAGCCAGCUGCCUCCCAACAACACCAGCGCCACUUCUUGGACCCACCCCACCACCCACACCCAACUUACUCCCACCAUGGGAAUGGUGGCCGUGGCCUGAGGCAGGGUGGACAGACAGGCAUCGGCGGAGGGGGGGGCCCACAGGGAUCCUCGCCCCAGAUGAGUGACAGCAUGGAUGUGAGUGUAUCCCUGGGGCUGCACCACCUGGGGGCGGUGUCUUCCAUGGAGGCCUCUCAGUUUGGCUCUGCAUCUCUGCCCCUCGCUCUGCCAAUCGGACUGUCUGCCUUCCGGACUCGGACGGCUCCCACCGCCCCAGGGCCACAAGCCCAGCCCCCUGAAGACUACUACCCUGCCUCCAACAACAAUAACCCCACUGGGGGAGGCAGAGGGAGGCCGGACUCAGACGAGGGGCCAGCCAACUCUUGAUAAAACCUGAACCAUGCCCUAAAGCCAUACAAUUUUAACUACAACUACUACAACUACACACAUACAGCCAGAGUUCAGAGACAAAGAGGUGAACUUUGUGCUGAAGGAGACUUUGUACUGCAUGAGAGGAGGAGGAAGAAGGAGGAGGAUGCUGGGAAACUCCUUUUUCCUGUUUUAGUUUGUCUUUGUCGCGCCUGUAACUGGAAAGGAAUGAUUGUGACCAGUUUGUUUUUAUUAAUUUUAGUGUUGAUUAAUAUCAUUUGAUUUUUCUCGGGUUUGAGGAGUUGUGUGUUCUGUGUGGUUGUUGUUUGAGUCUGGAGAGGAGGAGGAGGAGGAUGAAGGGGAAAGAGAGAGAAGUUUUUGCAUUUUAUUCCAUAAAGUAGCUGUAAGCUGAAGGAGGGCUCGUGCUCGCAUUGGUCUGUUCAUGUUUGCACACGUGCAUGUGUGUUUGUAAGAUAUGAGAUCAGAUUUGUAGCAGGCCCCCCCUCGCUGGUCUGGACGGACGGUGUCUAGUGAUCAGUCUGACACGUCGAAGUCAGGUCACAGUUGAAGUGAAAAGGACCCAUUUUGAAAGUAGGUGUAAAUGCAGGCAGGAGGCUAUACAUACAUAUAUAUAUAAUAUGCAUAUGUAUGUGUAUAUAUAUGUACUGCUACACGAAGAAGACGGGGCGAUUUGAAAGGUUGUGGUUGAGGACCGGCGGAUUCUCUCUCGUGUUUCUUUGCGUUUGUUCUUCCUCUGAUGUUCUUUGGUCAACAGCACGGACAGCGAGAGGGAGACGGAGGGAGGAGGUGGUCACGGGACACUGAUGCCUUGCUGACACUCACAGGGAUCUCCUCCUCCUCCUUCUCCGCCUCACGCUCUCCCUGCUUUCCUCUUCCUCUCCUUCUCCUGUUGUGUUUCUCCUCCAGACAGCUCCUCCUCUCUGUGCUGCUAAUCACCAUGACAACUGGUCCGGAUUGCUGCUAAAGAUCCAACACAGAUCAAUAAAAAAAUAAAAAGAAAUAGAAACAGAAAUUUAAAAGAAACUUUUUAACCCUUCUGCUUAAGAGAAAAGGAUAAAGUAAGAACCACUGCAUCUCAAUGUAUUUAUUACUAUUUAACAAGAAAAAAACAAACUGAAAGUAACCCUUUUUUCUGCUCUUCUUUGUUUGGUUGCCUUCUUUCUGCAGGUGAGCUCUGAUUGGCUAUUGUAACAGUGACAGUAACUGGUGACAUGGGAAUGCCACUGGUUGUGGGGCUGGGUGGAGGGUAAGGGUUGGGGCAAAAUAAAGUUGGAUAUAUAAUAAGAAUAAAGAGUAUACUUUUGCACACCAAAGUCAAACAAACAUCAGCUUUCUGCUUUUCUUCCUCCUGAUCUGAUCGUCGCGCCCUGUCAGGUUGAAUGCUGCACUUCUCAUUUUCCGUCCUUGCUCCUCGUACAGCCACCACACUUUCUAAAGAAGUGUGGAUAUCCACUGAAUUAACGAAACAUGUCAUCAUAACAGCUGUUACACAUGAAACAGGCUACAAUAAGGUUUUUGUCUUAAUUAAAGGCAUGAAAAUGAGCUGUGGUACACUUGUAGUUGUUAGCUCGGUGCUAAUACCACCACAAACUAAAUAGGAGAAAGGAACUGGGCAUCAGGAGACUUCCUACUGUAUGUCAACCACUGCCUGAUCACUGACCUUACAAAGGUGAGUUGUGUGUUGUUCUUUGGACUUGUUGAGUUGUAGCUAUGCGCUGGCUCUGAUGUCUGCAGCACCCUGCACUUAUGAAGGCCAUUGCCAAAGAAACUGGAUGUACAGUAUGUUGGCCCUGCAAGUAAUGGAUCUGUUGUGAUGACCUGAUGGAAAGAAGCAGCCGCACUUCUGAGUAAGAAGCUCAACCCUCGCCCGACUCAUUCGUAGGUUAGGACUUGGGAACAAAGAUUCUGUAGAUCGCGCUGCCGGGCUGAGCGAUUUCCUCAACUGACUUUAAAUCUUACAGACGUGCCUCCUUCCCUGAAUGGAGAUUUUCAGCUGUGAGUGAAAGAGAGCAAACACUCUGCAGAAAAGGUUCAUCAUCAAAGCAGACACUUUUCCAAGUCUGAUAUUUAGGAAUCUGCUGGAAGCUUUUUUUUAAUUGACAGUUCUUCAAGAGUACUGUCGAUUAAAGAGCAAAAUACUCAGUUUUGCUCUACAAGGGCCUGAUAUCCACUUACAAAGACGUGCUGCUACUGUUGUAUCAAAACUUUAAACAAAGGUAAGGUAAAAAAAAAUACAUUCAUCAGGCCCCAAUGUGCCCGAAUAUCAAAGAGGAAUUAAAAAUGCUGCUGUGGAAAAGUUCGGGUCUCAGGAGGUUAAGUAUCUCGGGGUCUAGCUCAUGAGUGAUGGGAGAAGGGAGCGAGAGAUCGACAGUCGGAUUGGUGCUGCGGAUGCUGUUGUUGUGGUGACGAGAGAGCUGAGUGUAAAAGCAAAGCUCUCAAUUUAUCUGUGGAUCUAAUUCGUCCCUCACCUGUUGUCACGAGCUUUGGGUAGUAACCAAAAGAACGAGAUUGUUCCGGGGAUGUCCCACCGGGAGGAGGCCCCGGGGCAGACCCAGGACACGCUGGAGGGAUUAUAUAUCUCAGCUGGCCUGGGAACUUCUUGGUGAUCCCCUGGAGAAGCUGGAGGAGGUGGCUGGGGGUCUGGGCUUCUCUGCCUAGGCUGCUGCCCCUGCAACCUGGCCCCAGAUAAGCAGAAAAGAUGGAAGGAUGUACUGACAGGACUUUGUGCUGUUGAAAUUUGAGAUCUCGAAGUUAAAAGACACAGCUGG